ACAAACGAUUUGACAAGUUUGACAUUACUUUUUAAUAAAAUGGGAAGCCCACAACCAGAAAUAACAUAGUCGUUCAUUAAAAUUAACUAGCAACAGCUCGCGUGCCAAUGUGACUUAGUUCCGACGGAAUAGAAGAUGAAGAAAAUGAAUGAAAAACAGAGCGAGCCACCUCGCAGCUAUAACAACAACCUACAAACAAGCGAAACAAACAAAUAGCGAGCAGCAGUCGUCGCAGGCACAAAAAUUAGGUUGGGCAUUGGCAAUUUCCGUAAACAGACAGAAGGAUGGAUAGACAGACAGAGUGGGCCAGGUGCCGAAUAUAUGCUGCUAGGGAAUCAAUAAAGCGAAAACCAUAAUUGGGUACUUUAGGCAUAUUUGACUGUUACCAAUGGCUCUUAAUUUUUUGCAGUACUACGACUUGUUUCUGCAGCACUGUCCCUGGGGUCGGCCGGGUGGGGGCGCUCCCAACGUGGAGGUGCGCCGCAAGGAUAUUACCGCUGUCGGUCUGCACUCAACGCCAACAGUUACUACCGCCCAUCGCAUUAACUCGCUGCAGCCUUGCCGCUACAAUGAUUACUUCUCCAUGCAGAAAAAUUGCUACAAAAGCCCGCUGGCGAGUCACCAUAACCAUCACCAUCAUCAUGCUUACCCACCUCAGCCGGGCAGCCGAAUGACACACGCGCAUUCAAUUCACCAUCUGCGGGACAGCGGACCCCGGAGCAGCAUUGUCACCAUCUGUGAGCGCGAGCAUCCCGUGAAGCCUGGUGUCAGGCUGGGCCACAAUGCGAAUGGUGAGAGUGUGCACAUCGAACUGAAAGAGCACCCCUCAAUGUCAUUUCGCAAUAAAGGGCAUGUGGACAUUGAGUUACGAUACAGGCCUCCCCCACCGUGCAAAAGCAAGCCGACGCUCGACAAGACGGUUGUCAAUAGUGAGGGCGACCAUCCUCUGCAGGAAAAGCUAGUCUCGCAGAAAAAGAAACUACAGACAAAGCUGGAAAAGCCGCUGUGCAAAGAGCCCUGGGGCAAGGCCGGCCCUGGUGGCAAGCCCUGGCGCAGUCCCAAAGAAGUAGGCAACACUUUUAUGAAGUCGAUGGGCUGGACGAACAAGGAAAUGCUUAAGGAGCUCGACCAGGACAAUCCCGUAACUCCCGCUGAGAAAAACACAUUUCGCAAAUCGCGAGGCAGCAAGCCGUCCAAGCCCCAGCGCUGUUGUGAGCUUUGCACCUGCACUUGCCCCGCCCUGAACACCUUGAGUCCACUAAAGUCGUCUAGAAAGAUUGCAGCUGCGGGGCCGCAUGCGCCCGCAUGUGGUCUAAGAUCACCGCCCAAAGAAUGCAAGCCUUUGAAACUAUGCCCACGGGUGCAGCGAGGGCACUGUACGGGCGAAACUGGCAACAGUACAGCCACACCGGAUGCCAGUAUGGAGAAUGGGGCAGGCGUUGAGCUGGUGCCUCUGCUGGCGCGCAGGCGAGGCUUAAACCGGCCCAUCAGUCUAUCUAGCACGGACGUAACGAAGAGGAUACCCUCGCAUGAUAGGAUACAAACGGCCGCCGAUAUGCGCUACCUGCACGAUUUAAAUGUGCAAAUAUCCCAGAAACGGCGCUCGGUCAGCGUCUCCAAGCAGAUGGACCGGGACCUGUGUAAUCAGCAUUUCGAAACAUUCGAAACGUUCUGGGGACGUCCCGGGCACGGGGCACCCACUGCUGAUAAGAUAAACAAAUUGAAAUUGGACAAUUUACUUUAUGGCACCCCUGCAUCAUCGUAGAGCGCCCAAGUACUCGAUUCGCAUUCGGCUCAUAGUUUGUUCAACGCAAAUCAUUUGCUUUGAAAUCAAUCGAUGCCAUUUAUUGGCGCCAACGGCCCGGUGAUGUCUCCUUUAUUUGAUGGAAAGCUGUACUGAAAACUUUGUCAACUUGCCCAGCUCGUAAGUUGCCCAAAGAUUAACAUAAGUAAAGCUAGGUAGUGCAACCACAACAAUAUGGCAUUGCCUGUUCUGAAGAAUUGACGAUUGUGAGUUUUUUUAGAAUUUAGUUAGAUUUUAUAUCUGUACGAAUGUAUUUGAAAACACAUUCGAUUGUGUAAAAACUCUAAAUUCAUACAUUAUAUGUAUAUUAUAUUAUUAUGUUAUUAUAGUAA